GACAGUUGAACUGGACGCGGUAGUAAAGUUUGUUGAACGGCAACAGCUAAGGGUACGAAAAAGCCUCACAGUCUGUAAUGUGAACACGUCUGCAAGUAGUCUUUGUCAGUCACAAACUAACAGCGGGGUCACGACAGGGAGUCUGCAUCGCUUAAAACCAAGUAGGUCUGUGUGUCAGCGUCGGUGUAUUUCCGGGUGGCAUGAGGCUGCUCCAUCCCAGCUAGCAUCAUCACUUGGUUCAUCCUCCCUCCUCCAUCCAGCCACAACAACAGCUACCGCGAGGCCGGGACACAGUGACCGAGACAGAUUUCUAAUUGAUGUCUAAUAGCUGAAAGCCAGAGCGGGGGGCAGCGGGCAGGAGUUAUGGCGGCUUCGCUUCUCUCUGAGACCGACAUCAGGCACCGGUCCAUGGCGGAGGAGGAUCCGAACGGGAAUGAGCACGGGGCGGCUGCACGCAGCGCGGAGCCUCGCUGGGGACCGCAGCACGCCGGGGCCCGACAGCUAGCGAGGCUCUACUCUCCCGGAAAGCGACUCCAGGAGUGGAUGUGUGUGAUUCUGUGCCUCUUCCUUUUCAUCAUCAACUUCUCCUUCCUCCUCCUGCACUUCUCCACCGUUCACAUCUACAAGAUCAUCCUCGGCAUCGUCCUAGGAAUAGUGACAGCAGACUUUGCAUCGGGGAUGGUCCACUGGGGGGCGGAUACCUGGGGAUCUGUGGACAUCCCUAUUAUUGGCAAGGCAUUCAUUCGUCCAUUCAGAGAGCACCACAUCGAUCCAACCGCCAUCACUCGCCACGAUUUCAUUGAAACUAAUGGCGACAACUGUAUGAUCCCCAUCCUACCACUGGCUCACAUGGCGUACAAGUUCCUCACAUACACACCAGAGGCCUUGGCGGCGUGCUAUCCCUGGGACUGCUAUGUCUUCGCCCUGGCGGUUUUCGUGACGCUGACCAAUCAGAUACAUAAGUGGAGCCACUCCUACUUCGGCCUCCCGCGCUGGGUCACGCUGCUCCAGGACUGGCAUCUGGUGUUGCCACGGAAACACCACCGCAUCCACCAUGUCUCGCCGCACGAGACAUAUUACUGCAUUACUACAGGUUGGUGUAACUAUCCGCUGGACCAGCUGGGCUUUUGGAGACGGAUGGAGCAAUUGAUCCAACAACUCACAGGGCAGAAACCGCGAUCAGAUGACAUGGCGUGGGCCAAGAAAACCGACAGAUAAACACAAAAAGGAGGGAUGGAUGGACGGUCGGGCCUGCAGAUGCAAAAACAUAGAAGAAAGAGAUGGAUGGGGAAAAACACAUACACACAUUUUACUCAUGUAUCUGCGCUUCUUGCUAUAAUACUAAAGAGCAAACAUUUAAAGAAUCUGUGUUUGCAAAAAAAAAAAAAUCAAAGAUGGUUCGAAUGAUUUCUGUAUGUGCUGGAGUCUGUAGUUUAACAAGCUUUGAACGUAGGAGGACUACAAGCUGAUUGGCUGUUACUCUGCUGUAACAGCCAAUUGGCUUGUGGUCCUGUCUAUCAAAUAAGGUGUUGUGGUGUGUGGGAAGUUUCUGGAGGUUGGGCUCUCCAGGAGUGACACCAUGCUGUCUGUUGAAGGCAGCUUCUUACACCACACAUACACAUGUACACACACAAACACACGCAAGCGCAUAAACACACCUGUUUGCACACAAACUCAAACAUGUUUGUUCAAACAUGUUCAGUGUCUCCACUGACUUCUUCUUGUCUGUUGUAUUAGGGUUGUUUGGCUCAUACUAGAAACAUCACCACCCUGAUGGAUGUUUUUACACACAAGAAGGUGAAAAUCUCAUGACUGUGUGCUUAAAAACUGUGUGAUUAAAAAUGUAGACAGUUAACUUCACCUCUUUAGUGCAUGUGCUCGAGGUAAGAUGAUCUGAAGAUGAUUUGAGGUCCGUACAUACAAGCAAAGCCAUGUUUUCCAGUUUUGGUUGAUUCUGAAUCAAUGAUAAAAGCAUUUUCUGUUCAUCCUAUAUGUGCUUUGACAAACUGUAGAACUUUUCUUGCGCAGACAUUUCUCAUGGAAAUUUGGUACAGAAGACACUUGCAGCAGCUUUGGGAAUACACCUCUGUGUAUACAAAAGCUUCUAAAUGAACGUAUUUACUGCACAAAACAAAUCAUCUGUAAGCCAUUAUGAUGACUUCUAAUUAGAUUAGAACCUAUAUUUCACUUGAAUCCAGAUUAGUUUAGAAUUUUUAGCACAUCUGUUCAGCUAGCUGUAGUAAAGCAUUUCAUCUUUUUUCGCUUUCAUGCACAUGAAAGAGGCAGCCAGACUUUCUCGUUGUCUCUUCAUAUAUUACAUUUUCCACUAAAAAACAAAUCAACAGUGUGGUCAGAUUUUGACUGUCUUGACAGACAGAGAAAAGACACAACUGAACUGAAAAUGGUGGUUUAGCAAGUUAUAGUAGGUGUAAAGCAGGUUACAAAUGCAAAGGUGAAUGUGUUUACACUUACAGGAAUACGUUUAGGGAAAUACACUCACUCCUUUACUUGGCAAGACUGAGAUAAAAAGAUGAAUUUUACGGCGUAAUGCAUUCACUUAUAAUAAAUAUAUAUUGUCCUGUUUUUUUUGUAUUAACAAAAUUAUUAUCUCAGAAUUCUGAGAAAAGUAUUCAUGGGAGGGGGGCUGCUGCUGAUCAGCCUGACCCUCCAGCACUGCUAUAUGAGUACCGAUAAAUAUAAAUACAGGGUAUUAGUUACAUGUUACAUGCCAAAUUAUGUCAGCUAACUGGCUGCUUGACCACGUGUAACAUGAGAGAGCAAACCAAAUGAGAUGUCUCGUUAAUGCAUUUUUUUUUUUUUCCCAUGAAAACGUUUCUCAGCAUUCUGAGAUAAUAAUGUCAUUAAUUCAGACAAAGAGGGCAAACAUUCUUUUCUCAAGUGAAUGCAUUAUUAUGCUUCCAUAGUAUACCACUCUCACAGAAGCCUAGGACUGGGGGGAGUGAGGAGACUGAGUAUGCAGGAGGGCCCACAAAGAUACUAGAAUGAAUUGCUAUUGAUGCAGGUAGGGAUCCAUAGAGAGAGUCUAUGUACAGGGUCCACACUGUUGUGCUCUACCCCUGCACUCUCAUGUAAGGAUGAUACAUUUGUGGCUGUAGCAUUCACUGACUAGCUAGGUUAGCAUUUCUUAUUAUAACUGGAAACGAUGGGAAAUAGCUAGCCUAGCUCUGUCCAAACAUAACAAAAUACACAUACCAGCACCACUAGCUGUUUUUCCAUAUUUCCAGUCUUUGUGCUAAGCUAAGUUAAUCGGCCGCUGGUGGUAGCUUCAUAUGUAGCUAAAGACAUGGAGGACCUCUGGCAUUGAGUUUGGAUGGCAGGUUGAUGUUUUAUAAUAUAUAUCUAUCUCAAGUUUACACGUACACACACACACAUAUAUAUAUAUAUAUAUAUAAUGUGUGUGUGUGUGUGUAAACUUGAGGUUCUUUCUUACAUUUUAGCAUAAAAGACAGAAGCAGAACUUCCUGGGCAUCAGUGGUUUCUCCUUACUGUACUUGUGUCAUGUCUGCAGACAGAAAUGUAUCCAGCAGAAGUUCAGUUUCUUGGAGGAUGCUUGUGGCUGCCCUAAAGGCCAUAAAAUGAGUUCUACGUGUGAAGUUUGCAUUUUCACCAUCACACUGGACAGCUCAGGGCACGAAAGCUUGGUUGAGUUGGUUAGUGCCUCCAAGAGCUGCUUCUUGUCACUUCCUGCAUCACUGGGAAUUUAAAUUCAGUUUUUUGUCAGCCCAGGACAACCAGACCACUUCCUAAAGCACUUCCCAAUCAUUUAAAUUGUACUGCUCUGAUUAAGGAAAGUUUGAAAAAUGUUUUUUCAUCAACAACCGUUCUAUACCACAAAUAAAUCUUUGCAGUCUUUUAUAAACAGUUGCAGUCAUUCAAACCAUUUUAGAAAUCCUGAUCCAUUGCUGUGUUCACAUCCAAAAUCCUACCGUAAAAAAGACAAAGAAAUCCCAUCAGCAGUUUUGCAAGAUGCUAAUUGUUGGCGCUGUCUAUUCCACUGUGCUGCUUUGGCUGCAACUGUAAAUACUAAACCAUACCAAGAAGGGAUCACAAACCUUUAAACCUAAAUCAGAGAGAUUCACACAUUCAAACUGAAUUUCUGUUGCACUAGCAAACUACUAGCAAGUUGCUUAUAGAAUGCAAAUAAUGUCUCCAGUAUCAGAUUUUUGCUUACAUUAAUACGGUGACACAUGCACUUUAGUUGGCUGUUAAUAACUCUGUACUAAAGAGUCUAGUUGCUUGACGUCGUAGUUUCUUUCAAGGCUGGAAAUCUCUUCAGUCACCGAAAAUCAAUAACAGCACUUUCAUGUUUUACUGGGUUAAUGUCUGAAAAUGUGUCCUGCAAGCAACUGUUGACUCAUGAUAACACACACACAGAUAAAGUCACACAUCUCAUUUGCAUGCACACACACACAUAACAAAACUCUUGAAUGCUGUCACACUGUACACCAACACACAGGCUCUUUCUGACAUUGUGUUCUGUUGUUUUCUCCGGCUUUAUAAUGUUCUAUUUUUUUAUUAACGGAUCAAGCCUUGUAGAGUUCAGUUUUGACGUUCCAUUUUGCAGCUCAACGCUCGCUGCUCGUCUUGCCUUAAUGUUUUUAUCUGCUCUUUGAUUUAAAUAAAGGUUUAUUAAAUCCAAA